AUGGCGCCGACAUUGGCGUCAUUGUGGCUUAUUUUGUUGCUGUGUUUGCUGUCGGUAUUUGGGAAUCGUGGCUCUGUUGGCGGUUACUUCUUGGCUGGCCGGUCCAUGAGCUGGAUUCCAGUUGGUGCCUCCUUGUUUGCCAGUAACAUCGGUUCUGGUCAUUUCAUCGGUCUCGCGGGUUCGGGAGCUUCUUCUGGAGUUGCUAUAGCUGUGUUUGAGUACAAUGCCGCUUUCACGUUGGGCUUUUUGGGUUGGCUCUUCUUGCCUGUCUACGUUGUUUCUGGGGUGACUGGUGGGUUUGACAAUUUGGUUGUGAACUAUUUCAAUGCCAUUCCAAACACAACAAGGGCCUACAGAAGUACCACGUUCUCUGCUGCGAACUCUGCUCAGGGUUAUUCACCUGACCUCUACGGCACCGAAUCAGACCGAAAUAUAAUUCUCCUGGCUGCAAAUCCACCGGAUCAAUCUCGUGGUGUCUUUGCUGAGUGCAGUAUUCCUCCAUCGGACGCACUGCAAUUUUUCAAGUCCAUUAACAGUACUGAUUUGCCAUGGGUUGGCGCCAUAUUCGGUCUGACUAUCAAUGCCACUUGGUAUUGGUGUACUGAUCAAGUCAUUGUCCAACGUUGUCUCGCUGCCAAGAACAUGAUUCACGCCAAAGCCGGUAUUGUCCUUGCUAUGUUUAUCAAGAUGUUGCCUCUCUGGCUCAUGGUUAUUCCUGGAAUGGCCGCUCGAAUCCUCUUCGCUGAUACCGUGGCGUGUGGAGACGCUAACCUCUGCCAAAAGAUUUGUAGUAAGGUUGCUGGAUGCACAGAUAUCGCCUAUCCAUCGUUGGUGUUGAAUUUGUUGCCUUCUGGUGCUCGAGGUCUCAUGCUUUCUGUCAUGAUGGCCUCAUUGGUCUCCAGUUUGACGUCUAUUUUUAAUUCCUCCUCCACCAUAUUCACAGUGGAUAUUUGGCGACUUAUUCGUCCUCAUUGCAAAGAUGCCGAGCUUAUGAUUGUUGGACGUGCGGUGGUUCUGAUCCUAGUCGGUAUCAGCUUGGCUUGGAUCCCGAUUGUUCAGCUGAGUGGUGAGCUAUUCAACUACAUCCAGUCGGUCACGGGUUAUCUGGCGCCUCCUAUUUGUGCUACCUACGUCUUCGCCAUCUUUUGGCAUCGCACCAAUGAGAUUGGUGUGUUCUGCGCUCUGAUCGUUGGUCUCAUAAUUGGUGCGACUCGAUUUGCUUGGGAGAUCGCCUACGGUGCCACUCCAUGUGGUGAAGUGAUCACAAAUCCACCCCAUUUCCUUGUCACCAUGCAUUAUUUGCACUUCUCCAUCCUCCUCUUCUUCAUCUCCUCGGUGGUCAUCGUGGUGGCCACCUUGGUUACACCUCCACUUCCACCACGCUUCACUCGACGACUCAUCUUCGCCGAUCGUCAUGCUCCCUUCGAUCCCGACUUGGAUGCUCCGAAGGUGACAAUCGUGAGUGAGGAAGAGAAGGCGGAGUGGUUGGCUGAAGGUGAGGAGUUGCAGCCGUAUCUACACUGGUAUAGGAAGGCGAUCAAUUGGAUGUGUGGUGUUGAGUCAAUGCAAGAUCAGCGUGAACCUGUGUUCACGGAAGAGGAGGCAGAGGAGUUGAUUGAAAUGAAGAAGCGCGAGACGAGUAUUGAGGAGGAUCCGAAGCAAAGGCUCAUUGUCAACACGGCUGUCUGUACUGCCAUCGUUGUUACUAUCUUCAUUUGGGCGUUCUUUGCUUAG